GUGCAUCGUCGCUUUGCUUAGUUAGCAAUUCCAAGUCUCAGUAAUGUUAAAUUGUUAUUUUGAUAUCUAUUAACAUGAUAUUAUUUACGUCCUUAUUAUUCACCAUUCAUAUUAUAAGUUCAACAGUGGAAAGUCUACAAUGCCCCCAUACGUGCGAUUCGAAGGAAGAAUUGAACCCAACCGAACAUUGUGUUAAAAUAGAACCGCUGAAUGGAUCAGCAACUUAUAUUCAAAUGUUUGCAUGCGCGAUGAUGGAUUUCAAAUGUCAAGUAGGGGAAAAAGCUAAACUGUCAAGUGUUGAAAAGUCAAAGUGUACCCUCCCGAUAAGAGUGAAAAGAGAGGCUCCCGUUGCAAACAAUGUCGAGGAAGAUUACCAAGUUACAGAAACCAUGAAAAGUCAAAAAAAAGAGUGCCCCGUCGAAUGUCCUAAAACCAGCGAAAUGGUGUGCGCGCGUUGCAACCACGGCAUCUACCGGUCCUUCCUCAGUGAAUGCCACAUACGGAUGUACCAGUGCCGCCAUCCAGCCGAUAGACUAGAGUUGGUCUCGCGACAUUCGUGCUACGGUUCAGCACCGUACAUAAUGGAUGGAAACCGACCCCAGGAUGUCCAAGAAGCGCUGCAUGACGUCGACGUUCACAAGGAUGCAAAGAAUAAGGAUGCUCUGUUCGGUAUGUUACAAGACAGCAACUUUUGGUCGGGCUACCACCGAAAACCUCGAACGCCAAAACCAACAGUUUACGUACCAUGGCCGCCAAGACAAACGAUACCGAAACGGCUACAAUCGAACGAAGAUAAUGGUGGAGUGGAUUGCCGGAUCACCGCCACAGGCAUAGAUUGCGGGCCCUGCCCGCCCGGCACGGAGGCCGACGGGCGCCGAUGCCGACCCGUCACCUGCGAUAGGCGACCGUGCAGUAAUGGUGAAUAUUGCAUGGACACGGCGGAAGGUUUCCGGUGCGCUCGGUGCCCUGGUCGUCAGACCAGCGACGGACGAACUUGCCACACCGCCUGCAACCCCAACCCUUGCUUUCAAAGACGCGUGCCUUGUCAAGACUUGCCCGGCGGCGGAUACCGCUGCGGGCCAUGUCCGCCUGGUUACCACGGGAACGGCGUGCAGUGCUACAGAAGGUCGUGUUCACAGAUCAAGUGUUUUGAAGGAGUCCAAUGCCAAGAAACCACCGCCGGCCCCCGUUGCGACGUCUGUCCUAGCGGUUACGACGGAGACGGCCAACGCUGCGAGCACGUCUGCAACACACGGAGACCGUGCGGCAAGAGACGGUGCAGCCGUCUUAGAGAGAGCCCAUUCUACGAGUGCGAGAGCUGCAGCAGGGGGUAUGAGUGGAAUGCUGACAGCCAGCGAUGCGAGAACCUCUGCGACACACGGAGACCGUGUGGCGAGAGGCGGUGCAGCCCUCUUAGAGAGAGCCCAUUCUACGAGUGUGAGAGCUGCAGCAGGGGGUAUGAGUGGAAUGGCCACUCCUGUGUCGACAUGGACGAAUGCGAUCUGAUCCGCCCCUGUGACGAACUAGUCUCCUGUCGCAACUUCGACGGGGGCUUCGAAUGCGGCCCGUGCCCGUACGGGUACACCGGCAGCCAGGGCUGGAGGGGCGUGGGCGACGAGCGCAGGAACGAACGUUGCGAGGAUAUUGACGAGUGCGCGGAGGGACGGUCGAAUUGUCAGAGGGGGAGGCUGUGUGUUAAUACGCCGGGUUCGUUUACAUGCGUGCCAUGCGGAGGGAACUACUACGUGAACACAAGCAUCUCAUGCUAUGACUCUGAUUUCCACAUCCCGCACUGCGACGUCAACUAUUGUCGGCAGUUCAACGCUGUUUGCGGCUACGGACAGAAGUGUGUGUGCGCCAUGGGUUACACCGGCAACGGAACCGUCUGCGGACGGGAUUCAGAUCUGGACGGUUAUCCAGACCAACAACUCAACUGUUCGGAGACUCGUUGCAAAGCUGACAACUGUCCACACGUUGCCAACUCGGGACAAGGGGAUGCGGAUGGAGACGGCUUAGGAGACUCGUGCGACCCUGACGCGGACGGUGAUGGCAUUAAUAAUAAUCCUGAUAACUGCUGGCUCAAAUACAAUCCGGACCAGAUGAAUCGUGACGAAGACCGAACCGAUCAGUUUGGUGACGCCUGUGACAACUGCCCUCGGCUGUAUAAUCCAGACCAAGAAGACACAGAUCGUGAUGGACUUGGCGAUCUAUGCGACCCUGACAUUGAUAACGAUGGUAUCGCCAACCAAAUUGACAACUGCCCUAAGAAGUACAACCCUCUUCAAGAAGAUAUGGACCAGGACCAAAUUGGAGACGUUUGCGACAACUGCCCCCAUGUCCCGAACCCUUCUCAAGAAGACUCUGACAAGGAUGGCGUCGGCGACUCUUGCGACAGCGACGUUGAUAGAGACUCUGACGGCGUGCAAGACGGUUUAGACAACUGUCCGAACCUACCGAACAGCGACCAGCAGGACAACGACAACGACGGCAAAGGCAACGCUUGCGAUGACGACGACGACAACGACAGCAUCCGGGACAUCGACGACAACUGCCCGCUGAUCGCUAAUAGAGACCAAAUAGAUAGCAACGGUAACGGAGUUGGUGACAAAUGUGAAAAUGACUUCGACGGAGACAACAUUGUCAACGAGGAGGACAACUGUCCCAACAAUUCCCAGAUAUACCGUACCGACUUCAGACAAUUCUUCCACGUCCGCCUGGACCCUGAAGGCGAGUCCCAACAGGACCCCAACUGGGAGCUCAGGGCUGAUGGUGCCGAAAUCAUCCAGACCUUAAACUCGGAUCCUGGGCUGGCAGUCGGCUAUGAUACAUUUGGAGGGGUGGAUUUCGAAGGCACCCUGUUUGUGGACACAAAGUUAGAUGAUGACUACGUUGGAUUUACCUUUGGUUACCAGAACAACAAACGCUUUUACGUAGUAAUGUGGAAGAAGAAGACCCAAACGUAUUGGGAGAAGUUGCCGUUCCGCGCGGUCGCCGAGCCCGGCAUACAACUCAAACUGGUCAACUCCAAGACCGGCCCUGGAAUAUUUCUGAGGAACGCGCUUUGGAAUACUGAGUCUACUCCGGACCAGGUGGAGCUGCUAUGGAAAGACUCACGCAACAAAGGCUGGAAGGAGAAGACCGCGUACCGCUGGAGAGUGAUCCAUCGACCCAAUAUCGGUCUAAUCCGCCUCAAGAUAUACGAGCAGGAUCAACUGGUGGCCGACUCUGGGAACGUAUACGAUCUCACGCUGAAGGGAGGCAGGCUUGGAGUGUUCUGUUUCUCGCAGGAGAUGAUUAUCUGGUCGGACCUCGUGUAUAGAUGUAAUGAUAAAAUACCAACAAAUAUAGUAUCGGAGUUGCCUCAAAGACUUCACGAGAAAUUCGAGGUAGACCACAACUUUGUAUAUCUGUAAAUAAAAUAUUGUUAGCUACAAAGUCUGCAAACUGCUGACAACGCAACGCGACCACCCAACGGGACCCCUUCCUCAGGCAGCGAGGACUGAAACUCAGCCUAUUUGACCGUAGACGCUCGUUCGAUUAACAUCAUACAUCCUUAAAUACUAGCUCUGAGAUUUUUAUUUUUAUGUUACAUUUAAAUUUGAAAAUGUGUACUUUAAAAACAUUAUUUUUAUUAAAUUGUAUUUAAUUUUUGUUUCAUAUUUCAUUUUCACAAAAUAACCGAUUAAAUUUAUUCAAACUUCUUCCCUAAGAACUAAAAAUAUGUUAAGUAUAUCAAGAUAUGUCGACUAGUUCUGUACGGACAUGAUGGUCGUUUUUGUCUACGUGACAGCCUGAUAAAACGGUGUCCGUCACUUUCUCAGUUAUUUUAUCACGUGGAUAAAGCGAUCCUUAAUACGCCUACUGAUGUAAUUUAUUACAGUACUCGUUAUGUUUAAACUCGUCACAAAUUAGAAAUCAUGUUUCUCUCUUGACGCUGUUUAAAUAGUACCUACCUAUUGUAAUAGACUGAUCCGACAUUGAAUCACACUGAGAAAUCAGAUUUUUGUAAGUACUCUAAAUGUAGACUAAAAUGCUUUAUACAGCGAUUUUGAGACGCUCACUUUUUAAGUGUACAAUUACGAAUCUACCAAAAAUAUAAAAUUUUGUAAUGCGUUCAGAUGAAUCUUGAAUACUAAAACUAACACUAUAGGUACUUUUUAUACCUUUAUCCAGCGUUAUCUUACUUGUAAAAGGAAAUAUAGAAGAUUCAGGCCAUUCUUCUCAAUAACGCUACUCUGUAGCGUAUGUUAUUUUAAAGACUAUCCGUGUUUGUAUGGAUAGGUAACAUACUUAGUUACAUUUAAGUAUUGUAAGUACAGAAUAUUUUUGUGUUCAUUAAUAAGAAUUGUAAGUAACUUUGCAUAGUGUAAGUUGAAUAGAUUAAUACAUAUAUAUUUUUAUA